AUGUCACGAGUUUCGCAAUGGCACAAAUUCACUUCUCACAAAUCGGCUAUCAAGAGCGAUUUGCUUCCUGAGAUCCUCGCUCUCGUUGAUAAGCGAGCGCUAGCACCCAUAUUAGCUAAGCCGUCUGUUAGCAACGCAUCGCUUACGCACACAUCCACUAAUGUAUCGUCGCUCAAUGCCACAAAUACAUCCAGAACGACUAAAACAGCUUCCGCUCGCCGUACAUUUACUAACUCAACGGAGCUCACUGCUGAUAUCCAAGCUGCGAACGAUACCAACACUGUAGAAGAUUCUGACAACUGUAACCACUACAAUCAUCGUACUAAGCCGACUAGUGAUGUUAGUGCUGGAAACUACCGAACAAAUACACAAGCAUCUUCUGAUCCUGUUUUGAACCAAAACACCACCAACAGGGGCAUAGCCGAGAAAGUAUGGUUAUACUUCACGAACAUCAAAUCGCAUGUCUCCGCUGAUGAUAUGCGUGUGUGGCUUAAAGCUGUGCUACCAACGGACGAUAUUAAUGUUUACCGUCUCACGAAAAAGGGUGUGAACCUGGACUCGAUGUCCUUCAUAUCGUUCAAAGUGAGUGUUCCUAAAUCUCUUAAGGAGCUUGCGCUGCAGUCUACUAUUUGGCCAGUUUCACUUACUGUUCGGGAGUUUGUUGCUCGUGGCCUACCAAAGCAACGUGUACAUGAAAGGGCUCGAUUUGACCCUUCUGAGCUUAUUUCGCAUCGUACAAAUAGUGAAAAUUGCUCUUCAGCUGUGCCAAAAACUACCGCUCAUCCGGAUCAUUUUUUGGAACAUCGAUCGCCACCCCCACAGCGCGGGAUUCUAUCACCAUCCCAGUUGACCGAGAUCCUAGAGGCUAUUCAACUGGAGUUUCCUCCCACACCGCCUCAGUUAUCACCGGGGGUGGGGCUUCAAUCACAAUUCAAUCUCAGCAACAGAACAGCUCACAAUUAA